CUCAUAACAGGAGCCUUUCCAACCGAAGAUCGUGCUGUAGGCAUGCAAGGUCUUGACAUUGGGCAGACUACCCCACCAAUGCAGCGCAGUUUGGGCUUAGGAUGGGAGCUGUUGACUGACCAAUUCAAGUUCCAAGUAAGAGUAAAUGAAAGGCCGUUCACAAAAAGGGGAGUUCUGUCAGUUAUCAACAGUGUGUUCGACCCACUUGGUUUUGCUAUUCCAGUAAUCGUAGGGGGUAGAACCAUACUCAGAGACAUUUCCACAAAUGUUUCAGAGUGGGACACUGAACUGCCAAAAGACAAAUUAGAACAGUGGCAAAAGUGGAAAAGUUCCCUCGGACACCUACAACAUCUUGAAAUUCCCAGAAUGUACACUUCAAUACCGCUGUCUGCAGCCCAAAGAAUAGAGAUUGACGUUUUUUGUGAUGCUUCCACAAAAGCCGUAGGUGCGGUAGCCUACCUCAAACUCACAAAUGAGGACGGACACAGCGAAGUGGGAUUCCUCCUCGGCAAAGCACGUUUAGCUCCUAAACCAGACAUCACCAUACCCCGACUUGAACUCUGUGCAGCAGUCCUGGCCGUGGAAGUAGCAGAGUUGGUUCUAGAGGAGCUGGAUGUCACAGUCGAUCAGGUGAAUCUUUACACAGACUCAAAGGUAGUGCUUGGGUACAUCUCAAACACCAAGAGACGCUUUCACGUUUAUGUGCACAACAGAGUCGAACGCAUCAGGCGCUUUGCACAAACUCACCAGUGGCAUUACGUGCCCACACACUUAAAUCCGGCAGACCAUGCCACACGAGCGUUGCCCGCUGAGCAGCUCUCCAGCUCCACCUGGCUCAGAGGCCCAGCUUUCCUCUCCAGGUUGGACCAAAGUCAAGUUCGAAGUCAAACCUUCGAUCUCAUAGACCCAGAGACUGACUGUGAGUUGCGUCCUGAGGUAACAACUUGCACUACCACCCUAUCAAAAGGCCAGUUUAAUAGUGCCAGAUUUGAAAGGUUUUCAAGUUGGAAGGUGCUGCAAAAGGCUAUUGCCAAACUCCAACAUAUAGCUCAAUCAUUCAAGAACAACUCUGAGGUUUCCUGUCGUGGCUGGCACAACUGCAACAAACAUUUAACUGAAAAGUCACUGCAACUAGCCAAGACCACGAUCAUUCGCACCGUUCAAAGAGAGGUCUUCGCAGAAGAUAUUGGAUGCAUUGAAAAAGGCACAGCUUUAAAAAACUCAAGUCCACUCAGCAAACUGAAUCCAUUUGUUGACACGCAAGGGCUCCUUAAAGUUGGAGGCCGACUAAAGAAAGCACAGUUGUCUGCAGAAGAAACCAAUCCCAUACUAAUCCCUGGAAAGCACCAUCUUGCUCAGCUCAUAAUAAGACACUUUCACGAAAAAUUAUGUCACCAGGGAAGGCAUUUCACGGAGGGAGCAGUCAGAGCAGGGGGCUUUUGGAUUGUGGGAGGAAAAAGAGCAGUAAGCAGUGUGAUUUUCAAGUGCAUCACAUGCCGCAAAUUAAGGGGCAGGCAACCUGAACAGAUCAUGGCUGAGCUACCUGAAGACAGGCUGUCCACGGACCCUCCUUUCACAAAUGUAGGCCUUGAUGUGUUCGGUCCCUGGUCCGUUACAGUGAGAAAAACGCGUGGUGCUAAUGCAGAUGCUAAAAGAUGGGCAGUCAUAUUCACCUGCAUGAGUACACGUGCAAUUCAUAUUGAAGUGAUUGAGUCAAUGGACACAUCGUCAUUCAUUAAUGCACUGCGUCGUUUCUUUGCCAUCCGAGGUGGUGCCAAACUCUUGAGAUCUGAUUGUGGGACAAAUUUUGUGAGUGCCUGCAAAGAGCUCCAAAUAGACAAACUAGGCUGUCACAAUGACAAAAUAGGCACAUUCUUGAAAGACAGUGCGUGCAAAUGGCAGUUUAAUCCUCCACAUGCAUCCCAUAUGGCUGGUUCCUGGGAACGCAUGAUCGGCGUCACCCGAAAAAUCCUCAAUGCAAUGCUCCUUGAACAUCCAUAUGGGAAGCUCACACAUGAAGUACUCGUAACAUUGUUAGCUGAAGUUACCGCAAUUGUAAAUGCCCGUCCGCUAACAGCCGUUUCUACAGAUCCCGAAAACCCAGUCAUUCUUACUCCUGCGAUGCUACUCACGCAAAAGGUUGGCACACCACCGAUUCCACCAGGGCAGUUUCAGACCAGUGACCUAUUCAAAGCCCAAUGGAAGCGCGUGCAGUACUUAGCUAAUGUUUUCUGGAGUCGUUGGCAGAAAGAAUACAUCGCAGGCUUGCAGGUUCGUCGCAAGUGGAAAAUAAAAAAGCCGAACCUUCAAAUGGGCGACGUUGUUUUAAUGAGGGAGUCUCUGGAACAUAGGAAUAAUUGGCCACUCGGACUGAUCACAAAAUCUUUCCCAAGUGAGGACGGUAAUGUCAGAAAAGUUGAGGUUAAGAUUUGCCGAAACGGCGAGAAUAGGUUUUACAUUCGCCCAAUUCGUGAAGUUGUGCUUUUGCUGUCUAAGGGUAGCAUGUAAAACGAGUUGUUGUUGUGUAUCGUUCAUUAGUUAAGAGCUGACAUCUUGCAGAUGUCAGGCGGGGAGUGUUAUGUCCUCUGGUCUUAUGUUGACUACUUUUUGGGUUUGAUUUCUUUCUAGGAUUGUACGUUGUUCAUCCGUCCACAGGAUGUCGCUAUUCUAACUCAGAAUCUUAAGUUUUUCUUUGGUAUUGCUGUUUGCGCUCGGCUUCCCCUAGUGGCGACUUGCUGUAAGCAGCAGGCAGAAAGAACUUUUUAUUUCAGUUGGAAAAGAGGCCUUGAGGUGUUAAGACGUUACACACCUCCUCUGCACCAUACAUCGUUGGGAACCCUUGACAAAACAAAAUCUUUUUACCACACACACGCACACACGUUGACACAAAGAAAUAAAUGAGAGGAAGGAGUUCGGGCCUCCAAGUUUCUUUGUCG